AUGCGUGUAAAUUUACCUGUUUACAUUUCUUGUCAUAUUAAGAUGACUGUGUAGUGAGUUUCGCAUAUUUUCUUUUUUCGGAACAGAUUUUUUCCAGUCAUGGCGUCCCACCGGGAUCCGGGAGGGACCCAGAAGCUGCUACAGAUCCUCAGAGAUAAACAGAAACAUCUCCAAGAUACCCCCUUUAGCAGUAACUACAUCGGGGUUCAGCAGGCGCUUGACAAAACCAAAGACAAAACCAGGGAAGUCAAGAGUCUAAAACGGAAGGUGGAAGAGGCCAAACGAUCAAAGGGACAGAGCAAAGACACGAAUACACUCGAUGCUGAAUAUGAACUGCUGGAGGACUUGGCCCUUCAGAAAAAACGUUGCUUGGAGACCCUUUUAUAUGUCAGCGAGGUGGAAAAUUUACUACAGAAUGUCCAGACGGAGUUUGAGGAUCGAGCUCUCUACCUUACAGAGAGGAGGAAAGUUUUCGAAAGCAUUUACAGGGAGGACACGAUCGAAGCCUCCGCGCGGAUCCACAGGGAUUGCACAUAUGCGCUACGAGGGAGUUGGAACUGGUUGUCCCAAGUAACUAUGUGUCUACAGAGUCAUAUGACUAAUGCUGGAGAUUACCACCAGUUUUUCCAUGAUGUUCAGUUUUUGGAUGAAGACUUGAGCCUCUUCCUAAACUUAAUGAACAGUGAUUCUAUGCGCACGCGUGUUGAAACCCAGGAAGCGGAAGUAAUGGGAAAACAUUUACGGAGCAUCACCAAUAAACUUCUAGACUUCCAGUGCCGAAUUGAUAAGCUAGGAAACCAAGCCAUUGAAAUCUAUCCUAUCCAUCUCAGACGGGAGUCAUGUUCUUACCCACUCAAAGCCAAAUCACUAGUCUUCUACUCCCACGAAGAGGUGAAAUUGGAAGUGGGGGAGGAGGUUUUAGUUCUUGAUGUAUCUGAUCAGGACAAAUGGCAGAUUCGCUGUAGCAAUGGAGAAGAAACAGUGGUACCAGGGGUAAUUCUAGUUAUACCUCCUCCCGAUAAAAAAGCGGUCCAGCAAGUUCAAAGGAUCAAAGAACAGCUUGUUAUCCACUGGGACACCACACUUAGACGUCUGCGAACCCAUCUUAUUCAGUUCAUAUCCAACAACAUCAAAGACACACAGGAAAGAGAGCUAUCGCGGAUCUCCUCUGGACAGAAGGCUGAGUUGAUGAGGCUGAUGAAUGAGGCCGUGCAACUGCUGCGACCACAGUCAGUAGAAGACCCAGACUUCAAAAUAAUGAUGACCAAUGUCACCAACUUCAGGAAGAUAAUAAGUCAAGUGAAAUCAGGUGAUAAAGAUUACACCAACGGAACAACACAAAGAUGGCAGGCCAACUCCAAGGUGUUGGUUCAUUAUAAGGAGUUUUUGACUUAUGCAAAGACGUACAAACAGGGACUAUCUGAAUCUAAAGAACAAGAGAAACUUUUGUUGAAAGGAGAUGGAGAAUGCACCUACUCCUCUAAAGCUUAUUUCGAAAGAACCUUGCCAAUGGUUGAAGUAAACACUCAAUCUCGUGACACCGUGAUCACUAGUGUGAAAGCAGAAAUGAUCAUUCAUGAGAGACAGAAAGGAAAGAGACCAAAGCCUCCACCUCGCCGAAAAAGACAACUGAAAAGAGUAAUGUCGUCUGUUCUGCCAAGUGACGUUAGCAGUGACUUUCCAGAAUGUUCCGAGGAAGUGCAGGCUUUCACCAUCACUGGAGUUAUGGACCCAAGAACCAAGCAGCGGUUAACGGUAUUCCAAGCAAUGGCUCAGGGAAUUUUAGACCAGGCUCAUGGAACUUACACUGAUCCGACCACUGGCAAAUCCAUCUCCAUUCCAGAAGCUAUCCACAGAGGACUUAUCACUGUAGAUAUGAGGGACAACCUUCCAAAUGGACAUUCACAAGAUGAUGGAUUUUCGCCGAUGAGAAACACUUUAGAGACUCAGAUAUUCCCAGUUGCUGGUGUCAUAGACCCUCGCACCGGUGAAUGGAUCGGAGUUAAAGAAGCUGUUUCAUUGGGUAUUCUGGAUCCUAAAUCCGGAAAAUACAAGAAUAUUGUCACUGGGGAAGAGUGCGAUCUUUUAGAGGCUGUGAAGAACGGAUAUCUUGUUGUUGACCCUGUUGUAAUGGAAGACGCUGAAAAGAAUGAGUGUUUCACGUUUGUCGAUUUUGCUGAUGUUGGAUUUAGGGUUACCGGUGUGGUGGACCCUGCUACAGGUGACGAAAUACCUUUAAAACGUGCUAUGACAGACGGAGUUAUCGAUCUUGUGAACUCGCUGUACAGAAAUCCUCACACGGGGGAAACUAUUGCAAUCGAGGAUGCCAUCAGGCAAGGUUUGAUCCGGGGUCAAUAUAUCACUCCAUCAGAGGCCGCCAGUGGAGGACCAGACGUGAUGAUUCUGAAACAACUUCAGAUGAAGAAGCAGCGAUACAUUCCUGGAGAUGAUGAAGGUGUGGACUCAAUGGACAGAUGUAAGCAAACUCCAAAUUCUAUCAUGUUUGAUAAGCUACGCGCACGACUUGACCCAGAGGAGCAAGCGGUUAUAGAUCCUAAUGACUUGACAAGCAUUUCACUGCAGGAAGCUUACGAAAAGGGUGCGAUAGAUUUUGCUAAGGGGGAAUACAAAUUGCCAAACUGUGAAUCUUUAUCUUUAGAACAAGCAACUACCAGAAAUUUUAUAGAACCCGAUUUACUACAGGAUAUUUUAGGAAUUUACCAAGAUUGUAGUGUGAAAAACUUAACCAAAGAAGGAAAAUUUGAUCCUGAAACAGGUCUUGUGAUAGACCCAUCAUCUGGUAAUUCAAUGUCUCUUCAAUCAGCAAUACAGCAACGAGUCAUUGAUCCUAAUCUCGUUUAUUUCUAUGACGUGCCAUCACAAAAACUCAUGAAUCUGGCUACAGCCAUCGAAAUUGGUUCGUACGACCCUUCAACCGGUAAAUACAAGAAUAAGAAGAUUCCUCAGGCUUUGUCGUUAGAACAGGCCGACAAAGUUGGAGUAGUCAUGUGUGAUAUUGACCCCGAAAAAAUGACCAUGGAUGCAAAAACAUUAGAACGUCUCCAGAAGGUAAUGGACACCAGCAUUCCAGUUUUACCGGCUCCAUACUCUGAAGGCCACAUUUCGUUAGAAGAAGCAAUCAAAGCUGGAUCUAUUGAUCUUCAGAACGGCGUUGUUAAGGAUCUUCGAACCGGUGAAUUGAUGUCUCUGGGAGAGGCCAUACAAACCUCAAAAGUAGAUCCUGCUGCUGCCAAGAGUUUACUGGAUGCCCUGGAUAAACUCUCAUUGAACGAAUUGAUUCAGAAAGGUCGAAUAAAUCCAGAUAAAGGUCACUUCAUUCCAGGAGAUCGAUCCAGGCCAAUCACCAUCCAGGAAGCUAUAUCUCGAGGUCUACUAAAUGCCGAAAAUGUGUAUGUUGUGGAUAAAGAAAACAACAAUAUUCAUUCUCUUGAUAGUUUGAUCAGGUCUGGACGGUUCGAUCCCAAAACAGGAAUGGUGAUAGACCCCAAAACAGGAAGGGCCAUGUCUCUGUCUGAUGCUAUUGCAAAUGGUCUUAUCGAUUGCAAGAUAGCCGUGGACGAUUUCGUUGAUACUUCUGUCACCCUAAAAGAACUUAUUGACUCCAGCAGAGUUAACCCAAGGUCCACAACUUUUGUGGCACCAAAUAACCAUAAAAUGUCUCUCAGAGAUGCAUUAGCUAACGGUUUUCUUACCAUGAACUCCAACGUGAAGCUGGACCCUGAGACAGGUUGUUUAGUGCUAGCUGCCGACGAAGAAAUAGUCCAGGCUCUGGUGGAGGUGAAGGAAAACUCGGAUUGGAUGACCGAAAUAGAAAAGAAGCUAGCUUCCCAGAAAAAACCUCAGCAACGACUGGAGAAACUGCAAGGACAAUCAGAAGACAUCAAGGCUGUACAAGACGACAUGGUAAAAAGAAAGGCUGGUGUGACAGCGUCCAUCAACCACGCGGAGGAGAUGAUUAACAACAACCAAAAAGACCGGAAGGAAGAUGGAGCACAGCAAUUCCAAAAACUCCGCUUCAACGUUUCCGACCUCAAAAUCCGGUUUAAUGCUGCUUUUGGUGAAACCGAGAGUAGACGUAAAAGAUUCCAGAAAAUGACUGAGGACCUAGAGCAAUUCUACACAACAUUACAGGAGAUUGACCAAUGGCUAGACCAGGCUAUAGAGAGGUCACGUGAUCUCCAAUCAUCUAAGGAUAAUAUUCACAACCAGUAUAAUGGUUUCAAGGAAUUUAUCGAGGAGUUGCAAGGGAAGGAAGCAGAGAUUUCUGGCAUUAUUAAAAUGGCUGAUGAUUUCCGAGAUACAGCACAGGAAUUCGAAAAAGAGGCUGAAGCUUACCGUCAGCGCAUGCAGGUUCUGCCUCCCAUUAAAGAAGAGGUUGACAACAACAUCAUCGAUGAUGAAAUCGAAUCCCUGGAAGAAAAGUAUAAAGAUGUGUCACGUGAUUGUUCUAAACAUAUGGAAAGAUUGGCCGCCCUGAUGAAGCAGAAGAAAGGUUUCGAUGAUUUAAAGGAGAAGCUUUCUUCAGUGUAUCCUCAAAUUGAGGCUCGUCUCAGCAACAUUCAUGGAAAUGGUCUUGGCAAAAACCCAGAAAGAGAUGCCAAAGACUUGUCAUUAGUAAAAGAUCUGAAAGCUGAUCUUAUAGGACAAGAUAGAAAACUAAAGGACCUUCUUCAAAGUGGCGGCAAAUUAUUUAAAGGUUUAAAUGAGUUAAACAUGAAACAAAAAGCCGACGAGGUUAAGAAUUCAAUGUCAGAGAUGAAAGAAAAACAUGAAGCUUUACAAGGGGAAAUCAGUGAGAAAGAGGAGGAAUUAUCCUCGGCUGUAUCACAGCAACAGAAUCUCAGGAACCGUUUGGAUGGACUGCUUCGAUGGAUGUCGGAGACUGAGAACACGCUAGGAUAUCGGCCAUUAAUCAGUCUAGAGAAGGAUAAGCUGGCUCAUCAGCUAAAGGAACAACGUCUUUUGAACGGAGAAAUCGAAACUAAUAAAAUACUUCUAGAAAGGAUAUCUGAAGAAAAUGGACAAAACACUUCCGACGAUGAUGCUGAAGGGAUGAUACUUGAACUCAGUGAAAGAAUGUUAGAAGUAGAUAAAGAAGCCGACCAGAUAACUAUGGAAAUUGAAGAUGUCGCUUGUAGUGUUUCUGAACUAGAGAACAGCAUUGGUCAGAUGGACUCAUGGCUUACUGAUGCCAUCACUUCGUUAAAAACGAGACAAAAGGGUGCAAAUCCGAAGACUAUAAAAGCAAAGAUAGACAUGUUAUACAACGACAAACGUGAGAAGGAAUAUGACAUGGAAAAACUCAGACAAUCAGCCAAACAGAUUAUGGAGGACGAUCGUGUAUGUGAUCAGUUUGCGAUGAAGGAAUGUCUUGGAGAGGUGGAAGUAAAAUGGCAUGAACUGACUGAACACCUGGUACAGCAAGUAUCUUUGGAGGCAUUGACAGAAAUUGAUGGAAUGCUAAAAUACCUUGAUAAAGCUGAAAAUGAAAUCAACACAGCAGAGCCAGUCAAUGUAGAACCAGAAACGCUCACUGUACAACUUCAUGACCACCAGUCAUUUAACAUGGACCUUAAUCAAAAGAGAAAUGCUGUCAAAGACAUAAUCAACAAGUGUCACAGAAUGUUACGCGAGACAACCAAUGCCCAAACGGACGAAAUCAAAUCUCGGCUUGAAAGCAUCAAAACACAGGCUGAUAUCGUCUGCCAGUUGAGCGCUGAACGUCUGCAUCAACUGGAGUCUGCUCUUCCUCUAGCAACACACUUCAGCGAAAACCAAGUAGAGAUUCAUAGCUGGCUUGAUGAAAUGGAAGCAGAUUUAAAGGCCCAUUCGUCACCAGGGAACACAUUAGAACAAGUGAAAAAGCAGCUGGAUAACAUCAAGGAUACUCAACAAAAGAUUGAAGACCAUAAACCUUUUUUGGAAGAUCUAAAUACCACAGGUCUUGAAUUGAUGGAGCUCUGUUGUGAUGAUGAUGCAGGAGAUAUCCAAGCUAAACUCUUAAAGUAUAAUGAGCAGUAUGAAAAACUCAAAGCUCAGGCUAGAGAAAAAGCAAAGGAACUCACCACCGCCAGAAGUAAGAUGACUCAAGAGGUUACUGAUUCAUUGGAUCAUGUUUUGUGUGAUCUUGCUCAGCUGAAUAGAGAUUUAGCAACAGCAGAUUCUGUAGCAGCAAGUCCUGAUAAACUACGGGACGAAAUCAGGCAAAAUAAUUUGUUAUUAGAGGAUCUGGAAAGCCAGUGUCCAGCUAUUGCAGCAGCUGAUGAAGCUGUGAAGAAAAUACUUGAUCAGGGAGUGGAGGAUCCUAGUGAAGCUGAAGACCUCAAGCAAAAGCUGUCAGAAAUUGUAUCAAUCAACAAACAAACCAGAGAAGGUGCUUUGAAACGGGAAAGAGAAUUGACCAGUGCCAUGAAGGUAGCCGAAAAGUUCUUUGAUUCUUGCAACGACACAAUGUCCAACCUACGGGAUUUGAAGGAUAAUUUUCUCUCUCAAGAACCACCUGGUGUUGACUCCUCCACAGUAGAAGAACAGCAGAAGGAGUUGAAGGAAUUACGAAAAGAACUUGGAAAGGCAAGACUAUCGUACGAAGAAUGCAGGCAGCUAGGAGAAGAACUCAGUGGGCUGUGUAGUGAUCCAGGUCUUAUGGAAAUUAGAAAACAAUUGGAAGACAUUCACAUUUUGGCCGAUGAUGUACAUGAUAUUGCACGUGAUAGGGAGGAAGAUCUGAAGAAGGCCCUCGGACACACAGAAAAAUUCCAACAACUCCAAGAGACGAUUAUGACUUGGAUGCCUCUAGCGGAACAAAACUUGGAUGAUAUGGAGACGCCCUCCAGUCAUCCUCAGACUCUGAAAUCUCAGAUAGAGGAACUGAAGGUGUUUGCGAGUAACAUUUAUAUUGAACCUCAAGGGUCUAAUAAAUACGACAUUCACCCUCACGUGGCGGACAUUCAACAGCUAAACCAAGAGUUAGCUACCUUGAAGGACAUGUCACCCGUGGCCGCCGAGGUCCUACAGAGACCAGUGGAAGAUAUUAACCACAGAUGGACUUCUUUACUUAAAGGAAUUGCAGACAGAGAGGGUAAGCUGAGUGGCAUGCAGCUAAAAUUGGGCGAGUUGGAAGCUGGUGUAAACGAUAGCUUAGAUAGUCUAGAAAAGAUGCAGUCGGAUCUGGAAAAGUUUGAUGAUGUGAAGGGGGAUUCGAAAUGUUUGGAAACGUACAUGAAGAAAUUACAGGUAAUGAACAACGAUUUAAAGAAUCAAGACAAAAUUUGUAAGAAACUGAAUUCAGCUAUUGAUGCAAUCCAAGACUGUCCCGAGUUAAAAGAAAAGAGGGACGCCAUGAACGAACAACUCCGGGCUACCCAGGCCAAUUUACGGGACAAAGAAGCCAAAUUACAAGAGAAUGUUCGUCAGGUCAAAAAGUACCUAGGAGAAGUGGAUGAUAUGUAUCAGUGGGUCAAUGACUUUCGCACGGAGCUGAAAGCGGCUCCUCCGUGUGGGGCACUCCCCGAAACCUCUAAAAUCCAAUUUGAUGCUUUCAUGGUAAAUUAUGAGGAGCUACAGUCGAAAUAUGAUGCAACUCAGGGAUUGAUUGCUAAAGGACAAGAGUUGUCUAAGUCGUGCCCUCCACAGGACGUGGCUCAAAUCUCAGAGAAAAUUAGGAAACUCGGCGACCGGUGGAGGGACACUCAGGAACGCGCCGAUAAGAGAAAGGACAAACUUUCUGAACAUCUUCGAAAUGUAGGAGAUUUCCAUGACACACUUAAAGCGUUUACAGAAUGGUUAAAUAAUGCUGAGAUUGCAAUGAGGUCAUUCAAAUAUCCUAGCAAGCUGGUGGACAAAGUCACCGUACAGAUUGAGGAACAUAAUAAGUUAAAGACUGAAUUGGAGCAACAUAUAGACAAAAUGCAAAGUCUAGAAAAGAAUGGAAGUUACCUGAAACACUUUGGAAGGAAACAAGAUACGAUCUACAUUAAAAAUCUUCUGGUUGGAAUCAAAUUACGAUGGAAGAAGCUCAUGAGGAGAACAGAUGAACGAGGUCGUCUGCUGAAGUCAGCUUACCGAGAGGACAAGCGGUUCUACGAUGCCUGGAAGAAUCUGUGUGAUUGGUUGGAUGACAGUUCUAAGACAGUGGCAAGGUUCAUGGUGCCCGUGAACCAAGGGUCCGCCACCAAACAGAACAUCGACGACCUGAAGACUAUACUUUUGGAAGCGUUUCUACAGAGGUUCCAACAUCAGUUGGCAGCCAAACACCAGGCUUUUUAUUCUGCCACCAGACUCGGUAGAAAUCUUAAGGACAGAUGUACAAAGGCUGACCCCGAGCGAGAUGUCCUGCAGCAGAUGCUGGAUGAGUUAAAGAAUAAAUGGAACGCUGUCCGAUCCGUCGUAUCUAGAAGCCAAAACAAGCUAGACGAGGCGUUGUUGACGUCAGGAAGGGUGGCGGACGCUAUAAGUUCUCUUCUAGAAUGGCUGGGCAAAGCAGAAGCCAGCCUAGCGGAGGACCAACCGAUUAUGGGUGAUACGGACACCAUCCACAUGCUCAUAGAGCAACACAAGACGAUGCAACAGGAGCUUGGCGCGCGGGAGCAGACGGUAGCAGCGAUGAAAGCUUCCGGUGAUAUACCCGCUGCUCAUCUAGAGGAGCUAGAGACCACGUGGGACCGCGUCAAUCACCUCGCAGACAUCAGAGAGGGUCGUCUGAGAGAGUCCCUCAAGCUGGCUGAAGAGUUCCAGGAUGCUGUUCAGAUCAUGAGAGACUUCUUGCCUCAGGCAGAAGCUGAGCUGAAAUUCAGAGCUCUUCCAGACGACGAAAUGGCGAUUGUCCAAUUGAUCGAAAAACAUGAGAAAUUUCAGGAGGAGUUGCGGAACCACCAGGACUGUAUAGACAAAAUCCGGGACCUAGCUGAGGAGAUCUUGCAGAAUUGUCAUCCGAAUGCCAUCAGAUUCGUCAAAUACUACCUCACAAUUACACAAACACGCUGGGAUCAGCUGUUACAAAGAGGCAAGAAUCAGGAGAAGCGCCUGCAGGACGAACUAAGAAACAUCCAGGGAAAUGCUGCCCUGGUGGAGGAACUGCUCGCCUGGUUAACAGACGCCCAGGUUCUGCUAUCCACUAAAGAGAGGGAUCCUAUCCCAGAGGAUAUCAAGGUUGUGGAAGACCUCUACAAAGAACACAUGGAAUUCCAUGAGGAGGUCACAAGUAAAAAUAACGAUGUGGAGAGGUUAACGAAGAUACUAACAUUGGAACCCAAGUCUCCGGGUCGUCAUUUUGGCAGCAACCUGAAACUGAAUGAUCUAGACGGUUACAAUCCGCGCGUGCUCACUCUACAGAGCAAAUGGAGGCUGGUCUGGCGCAUGUCUGUUGACCGGAAGAAAGCUUUACAAGAUUCCCUUGACACUUUACAAGAGUUGGAGGGUUUGAAAACCUUUGACUUUGAAGUCUGGAAAACUAAAUAUCUAAAUUGGAUAAAAGCAAAGAAGUUACGAAUAACAGAUUUCUUCCGAAGACAGGAUAAGGACGGAGACGGAUUCUUGUCACGUGAGGAAUUCGUCAACGGAAUGUUACACACUCAUUUUCCUUCCAAUAAGACAGAGCUUCAUGCUGUCUUUGAUAUGUUUGCAACAACAAAUAGACAUUUUAUUGAAUAUAAAGAUUUUAUUGAGGCCAUGAAACCAGUUCGACAUCAAAAGACACGAUUAAUGAGCGGUAAGAGACAAAUGACAGAUGGGGAACUUAUUCAUGAUGGAAUCGAGAAAGAAAUAUCUCAGUGUCAAUGCAGGAACCAGUUCCGCGCCGAAAUGAUUGAUGAAGGCAAAUAUAGGGAAAGGGGACAUCAUAAAACUCGAUUCAUUCUUUAUCAAGUCGGACACCAAUUUGGAGAAAAACAGAAUAUCCGAUUAGUGCGAUUCCUGAACAGUACUGUGAUGGUUCGUGUCGGAGGAGGAUGGGUCACGCUUGACGAGUUCCUGGAAACAAAUGACCCAUGUCGAGCGAAAGGAAGAACAAACUUUGAUCUUAGAGACACAUUGUCGCCAAACGGAAAUUCAACUUUCAGGCCCCGAAGGGGCAGUGGAACAUACGGGUAUCGAUCAAAAUUAAACGACACCGGAUAUGCAUCUUCUACAUCAUCAGCUGGCAGUUCCGGGGAUAACUCACUCAGGAGAAGUAGAGUGACGUCAUCAAUGGUAAAUCUGUCGGGCACUGGUGGUGCCCCCUCACGGAACACUAUGCGAAAAUCUUCCGACUUUGGGGGUUCAACGGGCAGUUUACAGAGAACUAAGCGUUUAAGUAAUUCAUCUUCCAAUAUAACGAACUCUCAAUCAAAGUCUCGCUUGCCGCCAUCUACGCCUACCAGGGGCAUGAACUCUAGUUACGGUUCACCUCGGUCGUCACAAACCCCCUCCCCAUAUUCCCGUUCUAAAACCCCACAACCCACUCCGACCUUUGUACCGCGCUCCACCACCCCAAUUUCACGACCUUCCACAGGAACUCCACGAUCAACCAUGACACCGAAAACAUCAACUCCUGUUCGGUCAGGACGAACCACGCCCACAUAUCCCGGAACCGGAAGAACAACGCCUUCUGGUAGAACCACGCCUACAGGUAGAACAACACCAACUAUGCAAAAUGGCCAAAGUGCGAAUUCAAUAAGACGUCUUCCGUCAACACCAAAGGGCCCAAGGUGAUCCGAAAGUUAAAUUAGAUGUUAUGAUAUUAUUUGUUCACAUUUAAUGAUAUAUACUGUUGCUAGAAUUAAUAAUACGAAUUUUCCUAUAAUUAGCGGGUAAAUAUAAGGCAAUAGCAGAAUGAGGCUGUUUCCUUGAUAGUUCACAGGCAUUUUGUAUUGACUCAGUCUCUUUACACCCUUUCAGAAAACAAAGUGUUCGUAUAGAGAAGCUUUUCAGCUCUAUUAAGCUUUAUUUUACAUUACCAGAACAUUCAUUUCACAGAAAAGUUUGGUUUUUACCCUGUGUAUACAUUUUUGUAAAGAUGUAUGUUUUAAAUCGACAUCCCGUCAUGAAGGAAGGUUCUCCAUUUUUUCCAAUCAAAAUGUUGACGUUGAAUGUGAGAGUUUAUUUUUCUAUUAAAACUCAUAAAUCCGCUUUUUUUCACGUUGCGUGAAUAUUGCAUAAAUUCUGAAAAUGAUAUUUUUAUAUGAAGAGAGAUUGAUACUUCUUACUGUAUAUAUAAACAUUACGUCAUCAUUUAUGUCAUCCACAUCAAUAUUAUUAUGCGAGUGUAUUUUAAUCAAGGGAAGAGAGACGGUUUGUGAGUCUGUAUAUUUGUAUGGUACAUCAUCGAAUAAAAUAAUUACAAAAAAUAUU